UUUUAUGGUUGUUUCUAUUUUGUCAAAUUGUCUCUUCCUCAUUAUAUGAUAGCAAUCAGCAGUCUUAUCUUACACCCAAUGUUUAACUCCCCUAACUACUUACUAUAUAAGUGAACUGUACUCACUUUGCCAGUGAAGACUGCAGACAGAUUGUGAAGCACUGCUCAACAAUCUGCGAGACAUUUAUUCAACAGCUGUUUGUACAGGUUCCUGCUCUGGUGGAAGAUGGAAAAGAUGGCAGUUUGGGCCUCAAUUCUGAUCAUUUAUGGACUCUCUACAGGAACUGCAAUGCACUCUGCAGCACAUGGGUCAAAUCAUAAACUUCCAUUGGACAUGGCUGAAAACUCUGUUGAUGACAUGUACAAUGGCUGUGAAAAGCAGAUGAAGGACAAAGUGAAGACGUACCUGGAUAAUGAAAAAAACAGCAACCAAGAUUUCAAGCAGGCCUGGAGUGACGCAGAGCAAUACUACAACGAGAAAUGGAAGCCUAAACCUAAAAAGAAACAUCCCACACCACUGCAAAAAGAACAGAUUAUGGCCAUUUAUGUUUAUACCAUCAACAAACCUCAAAUCUAUCUUGACUUCAAUAAAGCAUGUCGAAGUGAGAGAUAUCAUUACACAACCAAAUUCAGGUAUCAUGCGCUUCACUUUUAUCUGACGAAUGCCCUUCAAAUUCUAAAACAAGAAAAAAAAGAAUGUAACACUAGCUACCGUAGAGUCGACGCCUACUUUAGCACAGAAGUACUCAACAAGGAGAUUCGCUUUGGUUCGUUCACCUCCAGUUCAUGGGGGGAUUACCCCAGUCCUGAAAAAUUUGGAAAUAAGUCAUGCUUUAAUAUUACCACUUGCUAUGGAGCAGACAUUUCAAGGUACUCUAGGGUAGGAGAGCUUGAAAGAGAAGUGCUAAUUCCUCCUUACGAGGUCUUUAAAGUCAUAGAGAUACAGAAGAUGGAAUCUGGUGAUCCAUGUAAGGUGGUCUAUACAUUGAGGAGUACUAGUACUUGUUCCAAUCUGAAUUGUGCUCUUUUUACUAAACAAAACAUGCAAAAUUAAAAUUUACAAGAAAAUACAAGAAACACCAUCAUUAAUGUCUAAACGAUUUGGCAAUAUGAGACUGAAUUUAAAAGUUGAGCAUCCAAGCAAAGACUCUAUUGAAUAACAAGUGUUAAAAAACGAAUCCCCUAAAUAAGUGAGAACUAAUCUGUAAAAGAGGGGAACUGUUUUGAUUUCUAUUCUUUAAGACAUUCACAUUUCAAUUCAACACAGAGAGUAAAGUAAUAAAUGGCCUGAGGAAGCAUAAACAUGUGAAUCUAUCAACAAUGUUGGUGUUUGGAUGCUGUAAUAGUAAUGCCUUAUAUUACGAUUGUCAUCUGUCUUUAUAUUAGAUGUAUAAUAUAUCCCAUGUUAUGUCUUUUUAAAAUACCUGAAUAACAUUUAAUCUAAUUUUCACUAGGGUAUUGUAUGGAACUUUAAACACUUUCAAGUCUAAACUGGAAACUCUGCUGUUCUCUUGUAAUUGACUGGUUUCUAUGCUGCACUUUGGUUUCAUCUUUUACACUCAGAGCAACUUACAACAGCUGCACUGUGACUGCUAGGUAAACUUCUUUUACUUUGUCUAUUUGGUUUUAUUUUCAUUUGAUGUGUUUUAUCUCCAUUUUAACA